AUAUAUAUAUAUAUAUAUAUAUAACUGUUCACUUGACAAUUUGCCAAAAGUUUUCAGCUUUCAUUAAAUGAAAUUAAAUUCUUGUAGAUCAUUAACCAUGUACAGUUUUAUGUACAUGUUUUGAAGUUGCUUUUUGACGUGAUGGUUAAUUAUACAACCUGACAGUCCCUAGUCAGAGUGUAAGAUUUGAACCUGUUGGUUGAAGGUUGAAUGCUUUCAUCACCAAGCUGUUUAGUUUACAUAAGUGCACUACUUGCUUGGUCAAAGUUUUAUGAAAAUGAACUGAGGCGGGAAAAAGCUCUUCGUCAACAAAUUGAACAAAAGCUUAAAGUUAUAAAAUCACUUACACCGGCGAUGUUAAAAAGUGGUGAAUUAGAAGCAGAUCACAUACUGAAAGAUUUAGGGCAGAAACGACGUUUUUCUCGAAUCAUUGUGCAUGUGGAUAUGGAUGCAUUUUAUGCAGCUGUUGAAAUACGUGAUCAACCCGAACUUAGACAUCAUCCAGUUGCUGUCGGUAGUAACAGUAUGCUAUCUACAAGCAAUUAUAUCGCUCGACGAUUUGGCGUACGUGCUGGUCUACCUGGAUUCUUAGGCAAAAAACUUUGUCCUCAACUGAAAAUUAUACCGUGUGAUUUUGUAAAGUAUACUGCAGCUAGUCGUGUAGUACGAUCUAUUUUAAUGGAAUACAGUGUUUCUGCUGGGAGUGCACGAAAUUCCUGUGAAUCAGAUAAUAUUCCAUUUUCGGCGGUCAGUUUAGAUGAAGCGUAUCUAGAUAUAACAGAUCAUUUGGUAGACCGUUCUGAUUUUCCUGUUGAACGACGUACAUUUUGGCCUAGACCAGCACCUGGAGCACCUAUGUUGGUUUGUCGUUGUCGGUCACGUUCUAAACAUCCACAAUCUCAUUUGAGUAGUAGCUGCACUGAUGACCAAUCCGAAAUUCUUAUAGAUGAUAAUUCUGAGAGUAAUUCUAAUUCUUGUCAAGAAGCAGAUAAAUCAUCUGAUAAGCUAUCUGUACGUAUAAUAAAACCGAAAUACUCUGAUCCUGAACUAGAUGUAUGCACUGAAUGUGGAUUACUUUGUAAAUCUGGUCGUCGAAUAUUUGGUUUAUCAGCUUGGGAAGCUGUUCGAGAAAUGCGAUUUCGUGUUUUUUGUGCUACACGUCUUACUUGUAGUGCUGGUCUUGGUCCGAAUACAUUGAUUGCGAAAAUCGCCUCCGAUUGGAUAAAACCAUGUGGGCAACAUGAAAUCGCUAAUACAUUAGAAGCUGUCGAUAAAUUUAUGCAAACUAUGCCUGUGAGAAAAGUUCCAGGGAUUGGACAUGUUACAGAACGUCGACUAGAUGCUUUUGGAAUUAAAACGUGUGCUGAUUUAAUUGAUAAACGUGGUUUACUCUGGCAUGUAAGCACUAAAAUAUCAAUGGUUUACUACAUGCGUAUUGCAUUAGGACAUUCUGAUGAUCGUUGGUUAAUUAAUGUAAAAAAUCAUUUUGAUGAGAAGUCAAAUAAACCUUUUGGAUUUAUUGAUAAUGAUUCAGAAAAUAUUGUUCCUUCUGCACAAGGUCAAGUAGAAUUGAAUAGAAAGAGUAUGAGUGUAGAAAGAACAUUUUCAGAUACAUCCGAUGAAAGUGAAUUAAUGCAUCGUUGUGAACAACUUGCUCAAAUGUUAUCAACUGAUUUAAAAGAGGAACAUGUCAAGACAUUUUGUGAGACAGAUCAAUUGCGUAUAGAUUUAUCAAAAUCAUAUUAUGAAGACUACAUUUCAGGGUGAUAUAAUUAUCUUAAUAUGUCUCGGUUACUGGAUGAAAUCUGAAAUUAUGUCAAAUUAAUGCAGUAUGUCAUUUUAUAAUACUUUUGACGUUGUCAAGGCUAAGUGGAGGGGACGCGUAAAAGCCUCAGUACUCAAGUCGACGUGUGUUUCAAAUGAAAUUUAUUAAUCCAGCUCAUAUAUUGCAAAAAGGUACAAAGAUGCAGUACAAUAAAUACACACAUAUAUUAUAACAAUGACGACUAUUUAUGGGACUUUCAAGAAAUUUUACUCAAUAUACAACAAUGGUUCAAAAUAGCCUAGAAUCACUAACGAGCGCUAAUCAGUAAUUAAGACAAACAAUUAAAGCAAGAUAUUAACAGUAUAUCUAGAUGAAAUACGUUAUCAAAUGAUUUAAAUCUCAUUUCCUUGACAUAGACGUUCAUAAAGAAGUAGAGCAUUCAUUCAUAAACAAGUCUCAAAUAUACAGUUGGAGAGGUAAGAAUAAAAUGCGGAAUUGAUGAAUUAUUAAGGUAAAAGGACGAAUCAAAUAUAUAAAUAGGAAAGGGAAGUGAUAAUGCAGUAUCACAGGAUUUUAAUCAUGUAUGAUUAGUCGGUCGGAAUUAUAUCCUGUCUUCUUCUAUAUUCGGAAACUAUUUGUUGGAUGUUGUUUCAGGGUAUUAUUCACCUAAAAUUGACGCUUACAAUUAUUUUAAUGUAGUUAACAGUUUAUAGAUUUUGAGACUGAACAAUGUGACUCCUUUUGGAUUACUCGGAUCAGUUUACUGUGAUUGAUUUACACAUCAUACAAAAUAAUUAGACAAGAAGAGAGAGAUUUUGAACUAAGUAUUAAUUAAGGAAUUAGAUGUUAUCCUUUUUAACUUAUAUAUUGAACAUAUACUGACAACUCAAUAAUUACACAAUUGUGAAAUGCUUUGAGCCAUUUUAACUAACUAUCUGCAAUCGCUCAUCUGUUGACCUUCAACAAACGCUCUGUAGAAAACAUGGUCUCCUUCACAGGUCUUUGGCUUCAUAAAUUGAUAUUUUCUUUGUCUGGUUACUCUUUUCAGAAUUUAUUCUUAUUCUAACCCUAGACUUUUCACUAAUCAAGUGUUGC